AUGGCCAUGGCCUUCUUCUCCCGACUGGAUCUUCAUGAGGGUCUCCGAACCUGCUCUGUUAUGCAGUGGAUCCCAUUCUAUAUAUUUCUAGGCGCUAUUCCUAUUUUGUAUUUUCCUUGGGUUCUGGCAUGCACUAAGUUCUGGAUGGUGCCCGUGCUCACCUUCACCUGGCUCACCUAUGAUUGGGACACCCACAGUCUAGGUGGUAGGCGUUUGCCAUGGGUACGUAACUGGACCCUCUGGAAAUAUUUUCAGGAUUACUUCCCAGUAAAGCUGGUGAAGACUCAUGACCUCUCUCCCAGACACAACUAUGUCAUUGUCAACCACCCCCAUGGCAUUGUUUCUUACGGUGUGUUCGUUAACUUUGCCACUGAGGCCUCUGGCUUUUCUCGGAUUUUCCCAGACAUCACUCCCUCUCUAGGGACCUUGGAAGGGAUCUUCUGGAUCCCAUUUGUGCGAGAAUAUGUGAUGUCAAUGGGUAUAUGCCCAGUGAGUGAGGUGGCCUUGAAGUAUUUGCUGACUCAGAAUAACUCAGGCAAUGCUGUGAUUGUUGUGGCGGGUGGAGCUGCUGAAGCCCUCUUGUGCCGACCAGGAGCCUCUACCAUCAUCCUUAAACAGCGUAAAGGUUUUGUGAAGCUGGCACUGAAGACAGGAGCAUAUCUUGUCCCUUCCUAUUCCUUUGGAGAGAAUGAGGUUCACAAUCAAGAGACCUUCCCUGAGGGCACGUGGAAAAGAUUCUUCCAAAAACACUUCCAGGCUACAAUGAAAAAAAUCCUGGGACUAAAUUUCUGUACCUUCCAUGGACGGGGCCUCACUCGGGAAUCCUGGGGCUUCCUGCCUUUCAACAGGCCCAUUACCACUGUUGUUGGGGAGCCCCUGCCAAUCCCCAGGAUUGAAAAACCAGACAAGAAGACAGUGGACAAGUAUCAUGCGCUCUACACCAGUGCCUUGCUAAAGCUAUUUGAUGAGCACAAAGUUCAGUAUGGUCUCCCUGAGACCCAGGAACUGACAAUCAUAUAAGAGAAGCUGUAUUUCCCCCUAUAACUAAACCCCAAAAAGGAUCCAUGAUCCUUUCCAGAAAAAGAAGAAUUUGGGGAGAGAGUAGGAUCCCAGGGGUGAGAGGAGAAGCAGGCAAAGACAGAAAGUAAUCAAAAUUUAGGGAAGGAACCAGAAGGAUAGGGGAAGACCAGGCAAUGACCCAAUUUGACAGUCUUGUAAGUCCACAAAUUGUCUUUGCCCCUUGCCUCCGGCCAACCCUGUGAUCAGAAGAAUGAGAAUGAAAAAACAUGGUGCUACUUCCUCCUGCCUUAGAGGCACUGCUACAUAGGUUGAAGCUUGGAAGUCUUGGUGAGAACUAGUUUCUUUCUCUUUAGGUCCUUUCCAUACAUUUUAGGCGAACUCCACAAAGUAAAUCAGGGACCUACACAGGUUUCCUUAUUCAAAUGAACAGGAUUCCUUCAUUUGGCACAGAGUUCUAGACUGGCAAACAAAAUAUAAUAAC